AUGGGAAGCCGGAAGAUUUCUUUCAAUCUUGCUGAUGCCACGCCUCAUAUCUGCAUUGUUGGUGCUGGGAUAUCUGGGUUACGAUCUGCGGAUAUAUUACUCCAACAGGGCUUUCAGGUGACAAUGCUCGAGGGACGAGAUAGGAUUGGAGGAAGACACGCCACAGGUAACAGACACCCAAUCCGCGAUCUAGCGAUAGCAACAAACACACCUCUGCAUCACUGGAACAGUAAGCAAAACAUCUAUACAUCUUCUGGAGAACUUCUCUUAGAUGAGAAGGCUUCUGAACUGUCAACAUUGCUCUGGGAUAUCAUAGAAGAAGCAUUUGAAUACAGUAAGAAAAAUGAAAAGUCAAUACCGGAAUGCGCAAGUCUGUAUGACUACGUUGCAGUCAGGGUGAAGGAGAAGCUUCCAGGCCAGGUUGGGGAUCAGAAGCUGAUAUUGAGCAUGAGUGAGAUGUGGGGUGCCUAUGUGGGGCAUCCUAUCACAAGGCAGAGCCUGAGAUUUGCUUGGAUGGAAGAGUGUUGUGGUGGAGAGGAGCUUUUCAUUGAAACGACAUACAAGGCCAUCUUGGACAGAAUUGCCGAGUUGCCUCUUGAGAAAGCAGACAUUCGACUUGAAGAGAGGGUGGUCAAAGUCCAAACACCAAGAGAUCGAGAUGCCGGUAAAAUAUCCGUAACAACAGAGAAGGGAGAGCACCUCUUAUUCGAUGAGGUCUUGAUGACAACACCACUUGGGUGGCUGAAGCAGCACAAAGAUGUAGCCUUCGCACCGCCUUUGCCACCGAGGAUAUGCUCUGCAAUCGACGCCAUCUCCGUCGGCCACCUCGAAAAAGUGUACAUCACUUUUCCUCUUGCAUUUUGGACUGACGAUCAAGCCGAUGAUUUCGCGGGAUACACCAACUGGCUCUCACCCGAAUACGCACCAGAAACGAACCCCCGCUGCUGGCCGCAAGAAAUCUGGAACCUGGCAUCAUUCUCGCCCGAAAAUCGACGCCCAACAAUCCUCUUCUACCUAUACGGUGAGUGCUCAAACUACAUCAUCAACUUGGUACAUGGGAAAUGUUCGGAAGAGCACUAUUCUCUGCUUGAUGCCUUUUUCCGUCCCUACUAUUCCCUGCUGCCCAACUUCUCGUCCUAUGAUGAAAACUGUAAACCCAAGGCGAUAUUGAGCACUGAGUGGCAGAAGGAUGAGAUGAGUGGAUAUGGCAGCUAUUGUAAUUUCCAGGUGGGGAUGAAGGAAGCGGAUGAGGACGUGAAGGCUAUUAGGAAAGGGUGCCCUGAGAGGAGAUUGUGGUUUGCUGGGGAGCACACUGCGCCUUUCGAGGAAUUGGGGACGGCUGUGGGGGCGUAUAUGAGUGGAGAGGCUUUGGCCCAGAGGAUGUUAGAAAUGUAUCUGACAAGAUGA